CAUCUUGGUUUUCACCAGCGUUUCUACCUUCACGUUCAUUGCAAAGGAGAUCCUAACCGGUCAGGUCCAUCUAUUUCGUUCAAACGUCUCUUCGAGGGAAGGAUGGGCUGAGUUCUGCUCUGCGGUUCGCCUCUGUCUGCUGAAGGAAGCCCCGUCGUCUGCGAAUGCGUGACUGUAGGUGGAUGAUUUCAGCGUGAUUCCCGGAGCGAUGUCUGCCGCAGAAGGAGCUCAUAGCCCGGACAGACUCAAUCAGUUUGAGCAGCUGUCUGGAAGGCCUCCGCUAAGAGCUGCAGGCUCUAAGAAGAGAGUUUCCUGGGUACAAGCUCGAAGACUCCUUGGCCAGCCCUGCCCCACUCUACGGAUCCCUAACAGGUUUUUAAGAGAAGGUCAAAGAGCCCCCCCGGCCCGGAGCGGCCAUCGCUGUGUGGCUGACAACACCAACCUCUAUGUGUUUGGAGGGUAUAACCCCGACUAUGACGAAUCAGGUGGCUCAGAGAAUGAAGACUACCCUCUGUUCAGGGAGCUGUGGAGGUUCCACUUCGCCACAGGAACAUGGCAACAGAUCCGCACAGAGGGUUUCAUGCCUACUGAACUGGCUUCAAUGUCAGCUGUUUUGCACGGAAACAACCUGCUUGUUUUUGGCGGGACCGGAAUCCCGUUUGGGGAAAACAACGGAAAUGAUGUUCACGUCUGCAACGUUAAAUACAAACGUUGGUCCCUCCUCAACUGCAGGGGCAAGAAACCCAAUCGAAUAUAUGGACAGGCGAUGGCCAUAAUCAACGGCUUCCUAUAUGUAUUUGGAGGUACGACAGGCUACAUCUACAGCACAGAUCUUCACAGACUGGAUCUGACAACACGUGAGUGGAUUCAUCUGAAACCCAACAACCCUCCAGAUGACCUGCCGGAGGAGCGAUAUAGGCAUGAGAUAGCCCAUGAUAGACAGAGGAUCUAUAUUCUAGGAGGGGGAACUUCCUGGACUUCCUACCCAUUAGACAAGAUACAUGCAUAUAACCUUGAAACAAAUUCCUGGGAGGAAAUCACAACUAAGCCUCAUGAACGAAUAGGAUUCCCAGCCCCUCGGAGAUGUCAUAGUUCUGUGCAGAUUAAAAAUGAUGUAUUUAUAUGUGGAGGUUACAAUGGUGAAGUAAUACUAGACGACCUGUGGAAAAUCAACCUGCUGACGUUUCAGUGGAAUAAACUACCUGCAGUGAUGCCUGAACCUGCGUACUUCCACUGUGCUGCUGUUACCCCAGCCGGCUGCAUGUACAUCCAUGGUGGUGUGGUGAACAUCCAUGAGAAUAAGCGGACUGGUUCCUUAUUUAAGAUCUGGCUGGUAGUGCCCAGUCUGCUGGAGCUGUGCUGGGAGCGUCUGCUCAAAGCCUUCCCACACCUGGCCCAACUUACCCCGAUACAGCUGCUAAACUUGGGCCUCACCCAGGAACUCAUUGAACGCUUGAAAUAAAGAGGCGAGGGGACUGUGAGUGUGAGAGACAGAUUGUGUACGUACUGUGCGUGUACCUAUUUUUUUUUUUUUUUUUUUUUUUUGCAGCUGAUUAUGGGCAGCACUUGAAGCCAGUGUGUGGAUGAUUUCAACUAAGGAACCCCAUCCUAACAAAGCCCGCCUUAAAACCAAAAACUGUAGAAUGCCUUUUUUGUUUUGCUAUGCACCUUUUAAUGAUUUGAAAAUCAAUACAAAACAUAAAUAUCCAUUAGAGAGAAAGAUCUAUGGGUCAGCGACCUGAAAGUAUCUUUUUUUUUUUCUUUCUUGAGAUUGUAAUAUUGUUAUUUAUUGACCUUCAGUAGUGACCUGGGGGACAUGUCGAGUAGAUUUUAAUGAUGUAUCUUAAUUUGAUUUCCUCUCCUGUCAAAGAAUUAUUUACAUUUUAUGAAUCACCACAUCACAGAGUGAAUAUUAAAUCAGCAGAGAUGUGACCAGAGUUCGAUUAGCUUAGAGUUAGAGUUUCAAGGCAACUGUUUGGAUAUCUGAACAGACUUAUGGAGAACUCUUGAUGUCUGGGAUUGGGAUUUAAGGUUUUACUUAAGUGAAAAAGUGUUGAAAAAUUAAAUGUUUUAACAAAAUGGGAUUUGACAGAGAAUGUUGAUUUUUAGGUUGGAUGCUGUUGCUCAGAUUUGCAGUUAAGGCACAAACACCAGACCAAGUGAUGUUUCGGCAGAGCUGUUCCCAUGUUUCACUCAGUUUUGUAAACCAAUCGUUACAUCACUGUGAAUAAGGUGCUCCUAAAAUUACUUUUAAUGGUUUUACUGAAAUAAAAUGCUUUUCUGUAAAUCAUCCCUCAUAUGUUCAAACGGACACAUUCACAGUGCCUUUACUGAUCAAGACGUGAUGUGCUAAAUUUAACAAAGCCUUGCUAAAAGCACUUUAUUAUUAUUAGUUAUUUCAAAUUCUUUUCUAGAACAAGCUGACCUGAAUUUAUAAUGCAAAAAAUGCACACUUACCAUUUUCAUCAAGCUUUCUAGCACUUGAUGCAUUUACCAAAAAUAAAACUAUUUAAAUGUAAAACUGUUUGGUCAGCACAAUGCUAAUGAUAUUUUGGAUAGAUAACCUUCCUGUCAUUUAGCAAUAAUGUAGCGGAGCAUCUUUUACUUUGCUGAAUUCAAAA